CUUCGCAGAGGCCGUACUGAGCAGUGGUAAAAUCGCAACAAAAUGGCCACAAGAUCAAAGAUUGGUGCAACAACGACGAGGGCGUCGACCCGAACAAAGACACCAGUUCCACCUCCCAGCCCUCCACCAGGGGUCAAGGCGAUUCGAGCAAGAGUUCCAAGCAAAACUACUACACAAACUGAGGUAUCAAAAGCACGAACGACUGGUCGAAAACCUCUUAUCAAUCGAGCUAAUUCACCUGAUGCCAAGCUUCCUGCUGUCAAGAAGGUGACCGAUACUAGGCAAGCACGGGCAGAUCACGCAUCAACUGCAGAGCGCGAACCCGUGAUGGCCUAUUUGCGCAUCCGCCCCCACCUUGGGGAUGACGAACCCAUGUCUAUGCCAUAUCUUACCCCCUUGUCCGACACGUCUGUACGAAUGACAGAUCCCAGCCAUGAUGGUGCGGGCAGCUCCAGACCGCACCUUCGUGUCUCAACCGUUGCACCUUCAUCAAUCUACAAAUUCUCACAUGUUUUCCUGCCAGAAACACAGCAGGCGGAGUUCUUCGCAAAAACCACGCUUCCCCUUGUGCGCGAUCUCCUGGAUGGACAGAAUGGCCUAUUGUUUGCAUAUGGGGUUACAAAUUCGGGCAAGACGUAUACAAUCCAAGGAGGCAAUGGUCUAGAUUCUGCAGGUAUCCUACCGCGAACACUUGACGUGAUUUUCAACAGCGUGGAAGGACUGCACAGCGAUGGUCGAUUCAGGCCCAUCAGGCUGUAUGGCGUAGAAGAAGCUAAUCCUUCUGAGUUCCUGCCCCCCAUGGACAUCGAUGUGCCAACUGAUGAGCCACGACUCGCAGAAGUCCUUGCGGAACAUCUCUCGAACACGGAUGAUAUCGAUACUGAUCCAACAACAAUAAAGCUCGACCGCAACUACGAGUACUCUAUCUGGCUGUCUUACGCGGAAGUAUACAAUGAGAAGGUUUACGAUCUUCUUGCGGAGGUGACAGAAGAUACGUCGCGGUCACAGAUCCCUCGCUCAAAUGCCAACGCACAAGCUGCCCAUCCGCUCUUGCUGACGCGUAAAGCUCUCACUGUUAAACCUUCACCUGCCUCUGACGCAUUAGACGAGACUGGGCCGGGAAGCGCGGGGAAGUACAUUGCAGGACUGAGAUAUUUCCGGGUAACUAGUGCUGCACAAGCAAAGGCACUUGUAAAGCUAGGACAACUGCACAGACGUGUAUUCGGCACGCUGGCUAACAGCCAAAGUAGCCGGAGCCAUGGUAUGGUCACUGUCAAGGUCCUAAGAGGACACCGGGGUGACAGGGAUGACCCAAGCUCUCUGCAGAUAUCGCGGUUGACCCUCGUGGAUCUAGCAGGAUCGGAGCGAACCAAACAUACGCAGACAACUGGCGAUCGUCUAAAGGAGGCCGGAAACAUCAAUAAGUCUCUCAUGGUCCUUGGCCAAUGCAUGGAGGUCAUGCGCUCCAACCAAAAGCGUCUCGCACAAAGCCUCGCAAAUCCUGGGCGGACAGACACUCGUGAUGUUAAGAGGGCAUUGGCGGUUGUGCCAUUCAGGCACAGCAAACUCACGGAGGUACUAAUGGAUUACUUUGUUGGCGACGGUCGAGUCGUGAUGAUCGUCAACAUCAACCCUUACGAUACGGGUUUUGAAGAGAACUCUCAUGUAAUGAAAUUCUCUGCACUUGCGAGGGAAGUUUCAACGACCGUGAACAACGCACCCGUACCCCGCGUGCAGACCAAUCCGGGCAAGCGUAGUACAGUCAACUCAGCUCCGCCCAGGGCGGUGACCAGGAAGGUAACAAUAUCAAGCCUUCUCCCUAAUAAGAAGGUCAGCGAAGCACACCUUGAGGUUCUAGAAGAGGAUGAGGAGGCGAGGGAAGAUGGCGAGAGUGACGAGGAAGAUGAUGAACCCAUCAAUCCGCUAGUGGAUGCCCUGUUUGAUGAGAUCGAAGACUUGCGUCUGCGGCUUUACGAGGCAGAGAUGCGAUGCGUAAUCGUCGAAGCGGAGACCCGCGAAGACGUUAUGAAGGAGAUGGAAGAAAGAAUGCGCGAAAUCGAGAAGACUUACAACCAGAGGCUUAUGAGCGAGGUUGAGCGCAAUGAGCGCAAAAUGGAUGCCAAGAUCGAUAUGCUACACCAAGCUGGACUGAUUGGUUCCCCUCAAAAGCGUCGAGAUAUAGCGGAGAGCGAGGAGUCGGGCGAAAUUGAAGAUGAGGACGUAGAAUCCAUUGAAGAUGAUAAUGUGGCGUCCGAUUCAGAAGCAAGCCGAUCUUCUUCGCCUCUUGACGGCAAGGGGAAGCCCUUAGAACGGUUAGAGCUUACCUCCAACCAAAUAAUGCGCACCGAUCAGGAGGGGGCUGAUGCGAGUGCUCCAAGCGAAAUCGAGGAGAUGACAGAGGAGGAAGAGAGCGUGGAGGACGAUCCGAUCAGUGAAGAUGACGAGUCCGACGAUUACGCCCCUCCAGCUACGGCCAAGCCUAGGCCGUUUAAAGGCGCCGUCAAGCCUUUGGCAAAAGGGAAAGCAGGGAGUUCAGCACCCCAAGCUAGUCGUCGAUCGACUCGCACUGUGUCUUUGUUGGAGAAACAGAUCAAAGAUCUUUCUCUCUUAGAGGAUGACACAGGUGGCGCUGAUGACUCUAUCACGAUUCUACCCAAUCGAAAGGCACGGGCAGCUUACGGCGGUCCUGAUGUUGUAUUCGUGCCAGGGAAAGGCGACAUUGACACUACGAAGAAAAAGAAGAGGUGGGAUCUGUGCUACGGAUUUGAGAAAAGACUGACUCCUCAUACAAGGCAACUGGGUAAGAAGGCUGUAGUGACCGAGGAAGAACUGGAACAAGUAGUUGGAGCCGUGGAGAAAAAUGCGCAAAAGGGUGGAGGAAGCAAGAAUAUCAGGACGGAUAACGCGUUUAAGUUGAUGAUCGAUGAUCUACUGAUUUCUUCAAGCGUGAUCUGUAUACACUAAAGUAUGAAAUGAUACUGUAUCUGGGCAUC